AUGGUAACACGAUUAGUCUCGCAUCGGUAUGAGAUGGACUCCUUGUGUGCAUAUAAGUGUACUCUCGUUCCUCUCUCGUCCUUUAAACUUGAAAAAUCCCAUUUUCUCUUUUCAAAACAAAAAUGCCAAUCAUCUCCUCCGUUUCCGUUUUCCGUUUUCCAUUUUCCGUUUCCCGCCCUCUUCUUCUACCCUUCUCCUCCUCAUCCUCCUCCCUCUCUCCCCUCCUCCUCCUCCCCUCCUUCUCCAAACCCCUCCACCUCCACGCCCACCACCGCCGCCACCUCCUCGCCGCCGCCACCACCGAGUCCCUCUAGCCUCUCAUCCGACGACGAAGACCCUCCUGAAGCUCCGGAAGACUCCUCCCAUGGCUUCUCUCGCUUGCAGCAGUUCGACCGCCAAGUCGCCCGAGCUCGCAAGCUCCAAGAAGAGCAAUUCAAGAAGGAUCGACCCAUUUUCAUCUCCGCCCUCUCCCAAGAGCUCGACCCCCCUCGAGACCCCUCCCAAGCCCCCUCCUUGGACUCCUCUGGUGACGACCUCUUCGGCGAUAUUGACCGUGCCAUCGCCCUCAAGCGUCAGGAGUUCGUCAACCAGGGUCUCUUGCCUCCUAACCCUCCUAAGGACCCUAACGCUGAUGCUUCUCCUUUGGAGGGAAUCGACGAGCUCUCUGCUGAAGAGGCUGUUGAUCUUGAAGAGAUUCGUGAGCUCCAGGGCCUCACUGUCAUCUCUGAGGAUGAGCCUAUUGAAGAGAACCCUAUCAAGCUCCCGGAUGAGCUUUCCGAAGAGGGUUCCAACGGGAUGCCACUCUCGCCGUCCUUUGACCUCGAUUUUGAUAGUUUGGGGAAGAGCCGUGACCGGAUUGUGGAGCCAAAGUUCAAGAUGAGCCUUGCGGAGUUGCUGGACGAGAGCCGCGUGGUGCCUCUUGCUGUUUAUGGUGAUUUGGACGUGGUGAUCUCUGGCAUUCAGCAUGAUUCCAGGGAGGUGAAUGCUGGAGAUCUCUUCAUUUGCCGUGUUGGGUCGAAGACUGAUGGGCAUGCGUUUCUUAGUGAAGCUGAUAAACGAGGUGCUGUUGCUGUGGUUGCUGAUAAAGAGAUCAAUUUGGAUGAGACUUUGGGUUGCAAGGCACUUGUCAUUGUGGAGGACACCAAUGCUGUGGUUCCAGUUCUUGCUGCGUCCUUCUAUGGACACCCGUCAAAGAGCUUGUCAGUGAUUGGGGUUACUGGGACUAAUGGGAAGACUACAACGACACACUUGGUGAAGGCAAUGUAUGAAGCUAUGGGAGUGAGAACAGGGAUGGUAGGCACAUUGGGGUAUUAUAUUCAUGGAGAUAACAAGUUGGAAGCUCCCAACACGACCCCAGAUGCAUUGGUGAUGCAGAAGCUGAUGGCGAAGAUGGUUCAUAAUGGUACAGAGGCUGUUGUUAUGGAGGCUUCUUCGCAUGGUCUGGCAUUGGGGAGGUGUGAUGAGAUUGAUUUUGAUGUUGCGGUUUUCACUAACCUCACAAGGGAUCACCUUGAUUUCCAUGGGACUGAGGAGGAGUAUAUGAAGAGCAAGGGGAAGCUGUUUGCAAGGAUGGUGGACCCUGAGCGGCAUCGGAAGAUUGUGAACAUCGAUGACCCGAACGCGCCUUAUUUCAUUGGGCAGGGGAACCCGGAUGUUCCUCUUGUGACAUUUGCUAUGGAGAACAAGAAUGCGGAUGUGUACCCUCUGAAGUAUGAGCUCUCGUUGUUUGAGACUCAGGUUUUAGUGAACACUCCCAAGGGCAUACUGGAGAUCUCCUCUGGUUUACUUGGAAGGUACAAUAUUUACAAUAUUCUUGCUGCUAUAGCUGUUGGUAUUGCAGUGGGUGUGCCAUUGGAGGACAUUGUCAGAGGGAUUGAAGAGGUUGAUGGAGUUCCUGGUAGAUGUGAGCUCAUAGAUGAGGAGCAAGCCUUUGCAGUCAUUGUGGACUAUGCUCACACUCCGGAUGCUUUGUCUAGACUUCUUGAUGCUUGCAGAGAACUUGGACCAAAGAGGAUUAUAACUGUAUUUGGUUGUGGGGGUGAAAGAGAUAGAGGAAAGAGGCCAUUGAUGACAAAGAUUGCAACUGAUAAAAGUGAUGUGGUUAUUUUGACAUCUGAUAAUCCGAGGAACGAAGAUCCAUUGGAUAUAUUGGAUGAUAUGCUGGCUGGUGUUGGAUGGUCUAUGCAAGACUACUUAAAAUAUGGUGAAAAUGAUUACUAUCCGCCUCUUCCAAAUGGUCACAGGCUAUUUUUACAUGAUAUCAGAAGAGUAGCUGUUCGAGCUGCAGUUGCUAUGGGUGAGGAAGGUGAUAUCGUGGUUGUUGCUGGGAAAGGACAUGAAACAUAUCAGAUUGAAGGUGAUAAGAAAGAAUUCUUUGAUGAUAGAGAAGAGUCCAGAGAAGCAUUGCAUUAUGUUGAUGAGCUACAUCGAGCUGGGAUAGACACUAGUGAAUUUCCUUGGCGGUUACCUGAGAGUCACUGAUGCUAUCUUCUAAGAGGAUGUAGCCAGAUGUAUGCUAAGCAUAUCAGAAAUUAUGGCUUUAUCCUCCCGCUUCUUCAAAGUUUGUGAUACUGGAAUGUGCGACUCCAUAUCAUCCCUUAUUCAAGUAAAUUAUCCAUGGCAGUGUCAAGUUUUUGGUAGACAUUACUAUCACAGAGCUCUAUGGAGGAACUGGAACAGGCAAUUGUCAUGCAAUAUCAAUCGUUAGCAGGCUACUACGUCGAGCGAUCGGAAGUCUUCGUCUUUGCCUAUUUGUACAUAUGAGUUAAUAAGAUUAUUCGACCGCGGAAUGAACAACCCAUGCUCUUACUUGACAAUGUCUUGCCCUCUCAUUGUACAAUUUGUUGUUCUCUUUUCUGUGUGUAUCAAUAAUACAUUGUGACCUGCCAACCAUAAGUUUGUUUUUGUAAUGUAUUUGAUUCUUCUUAUCAAGAUUUUGCAGCUUUCAAGCAACUUCUUAUGAGCAGUGAAGUCAUUGGCCAUCAUUUUCUUUAGAAUGAAUCCUCAGAAGCAGGAUGACUUUGUGACUUUUUUCUUUAAUU